UCCGCGCACCGGAGCUCCUGGUCUCCGGCUCGUUCCGCCUCCCUCCGGCUCGUGACAACGAAGCGCCCGAGAGCUCAGGCGGUAGCGGCGACAGUGCGGCCGGCCGAGCUGAGUGCGAGAGCCGGCCCUGCGGCCCGCCCCGCCCCCGGACCCUGACCUCCAGCCCCUCCCUCGCCCUCGCUCGCUGGCACUUCCGUUACGGCCGUUAGUCCCCGCGGAUCCCUCGGCCAGCUGCUUUGCCGCGUUGGAGCUACCCUGACGGACCUCGGCGCGGCCUGGAAGUCAGCUUUCGCUCGGGGCCCGUGCCCGGCGGGCUCUGCGUGACUGAGCCCGGGGUGCGGACGGGUCCUUCGGAGUCCGCUUUCUAACGGCCGGCGUCCGGGGAGCGGCUCCGAGCACGCGCUGCAAGUUCUCCCGGGGCGCCAGUGCAGCCCGCCCUGAGGUCCCCAGUUGCUCAAACGACGCGGAACCAGCGUCUCUCCGCUUCCUUCUGCGCCAGCGCGGCGGCACGGCCGGCGACGCUCCCCCGGGCGCGCGGGGACCCGGCCAUGGGCCUCGGCGCAGGCCGGCCGCCCGCCGGGAGGCAGAACGCGGGGACCGGCCGUUAGCAGCGCGACAGCCUGGGCUCCCGGGCCGGCAUGAGGACGGCCGCGGGGGGACGAGCGCGGCCCGCGGGGCCGUAGCCUGCGUCGCGCUGGGGACAAAGAAACCAUGCAGUGACACCUGCUAAGACUUGCUGGUAGCCAUGUCGGAGCCCCACAGGGUCCAGUUCACCUCCCUCCCAGGUUCUCUGAAUCCUGCAUUUUUGAAGAAAUCCCGGAAAGAGGAGGCUGGGGGAGCAGAACAGCAUCAAGACCCUGAGCCGGCAGCAGCAGCCGUUCGGAUCACACUCACCCUCUUUGAGCCAGAUCACAAGCGCUGCCCAGAAUUUUUCUACCCAGAGCUGGUGAAGAACAUCCGAGGGAAGGUGAAAAGCCUUCAUCCUGGAGACAAGAAGAAAGAUAUCGCGGAUCCUUUCAAUGAUGAAGAAAAGGAAAGGCAUAAAGUGGAGGCCCUUGCCCGGAAAUUUGAAGAAAAAUACGGUGGGAAGAAACGUAGAAAAGACCGAGUACAGGACCUGAUCGAUAUGGGGUAUGGUUACGAUGAAUCGGAUUCCUUCAUCGAUAACUCCGAGGCGUAUGAUGAGCUUGUUCCUGCUUCUUUGACUACGAAGUAUGGAGGAUUUUACAUUAACUCGGGAACCCUGCAGUUUAGACAGGCAUCAGAAUCUGAGGAUGACUUCAUUAAAGAAAAGAAGAAAAAAUCCCCAAAGAAGCGGAAGUUGAAGGAAGGUGGUGAGAAGAUAAAGAAGAAGAAAAAAGAUGACACUUAUGACAAGGAGAAGAAAUCGAAAAAGUCCAAGUUUUCCAAAGCCGGCUUCACGGCCCUCAAUGCCAAUAAGGAGAAGAAGAAAAAGAAAUAUUCCGGGGCUUUGAGUGUUAAAGAGAUGCUAAAGAAAUUUCAGAAGGAGAAGGAGGCUCAGAGAAAGAGGGACGAAGAGCACAAGCCUGUAGCGGUCUUGGCGGCGGAAGCUCAGGGCCUGCGGGAAUUGGAGGGUGCCUCUGACCCCUUGCUCUCUCUCUUCGGCUCUGCUUCUGACAACGACUUGCUCCAGGCGGCCACUGCCAUGGACUCGCUGACUGAUUUGGACUUGGAGCAGCUGCUCAGUGAGUCUCCAGAAGGAAGCCCCUUCCGUGAUGUGGAUGAUGAAAGCGAUUCCCUUGGGGUGGGACUGGAUCAGGAAUUCAGGCAGCCCUCUUCCUUCCCCGAAGGCCUGCCUGCACCCCUGGAGAAGCGCGUUAAGGAGCUGGCUCAGGCUGCCAGGGCUGCUGAGGGAGAGAGCAGACAGAAGUUCUUCACCCAGGAUAUUAACGGCAUCCUCUUAGACAUAGAGGUGCAAACUCGGGAGCUGAGUGGCCACGUCCGUUCCGGGGUAUAUGCCUACCUUGCUUCACUCCUGCCCUGCAGUAAGGACACGCUGGUCAAACGUGCUAGGAAACUUCACCUCUAUGAACAGGGGGGGCGUAUGAAGGAGCCUCUCCAGAAGCUUAAGGAAGCCAUUGGCAGGGCGAUGCCUGAGCAGAUGGCCAAGUACCAAGAUGAAUGCCAGGCACACACACAAGCCAAGGUUGCCAAGAUGCUGGAAGAGGAGAAAGACAAGGAGCAGAGAGAACGGAUUUGUUCUGAUGAGGAAGAAGAUGAAGAAAAGGGGGGCAGGAGGAUAAUGGGACCCCGGAAGAAGUUCCAGUGGAAUGAUGAAAUCAGGGAGCUGCUCUGCCACGUGGUGAAGAUAAGACUGGAGAGCUAUGAUCUGGAGAGGAACCACAGGGCCCAGUCCUGGGAGGACCACGUGAAGGCCUUUCUGGAUGCUGAGGUCAAACCCCUCUGGCCCAAAGGCUGGAUGCAGGCCAGGACUCUGUUUAAGGAGAGCAGACGAGGCCAUGGGCACCUGACGUCAAUCCUGGCCAAGAAGAAAGUAGUGGCCGCUUCCAAAAUCAAGGUGAAGGAGUCAUCUACUAAGCCUGAUAAAAAGGUUUCCGUGCCAUCAGGCCAGACUGGUGUCCCCGUGGCUUUGCCUUCAGAACACCCUGGAGGAGGUCUGAGCACUGGGGUUCUUAACAGGGAGCUCUCAUCCCACACAUCUGGCCUUGCUAAUCCUGCUCCCAUCAACCUGGAGGACGCGUUGAAUGGAGACUUGAUCCGCCACUCGGCCUCCUCAUUGGAGACCGUAUCCAAGGACCUGGCUGCCCUGAACAGCAGAGCAAGUGGAGGCUCUGAGUUCACACUGGCUGCACCCUCAGCGGCCCCUGCAGAGAAAGGCGUAGGUGUUCUAUGUGCGGAAGAGAAAAGGAACUUCCCAAAGCCCAGCCCGUCUGCUCCCCAACCCUCCAGCUCUCUGCAGUCACCCCUCAAUUUUCUGGCUGAACAAGCUCUGGCACUGGGGCAGGCCUCUCAGGAGAAAAAACCUGAGAGCUCUGGCUACAAAGAGCUGUCCUAUCCAGCUGCCCUCAGCAAGGGCCUGCCAGACGUGCACCCGUCCAAAGCAAAGCACCACGGCCUGCCACGGACAGCUCACACACCCCAGGCAGCGGCUCCCGGGCCUGGCCCCCAGGUCAAGGUCUUUCAUGUGGGCACCCAGCAGCAGAAGAGCUUCCCUGCUCCGGCUCCAUUCAUCAGUAAGCUCCAGGGUGCGAAGCCUUCCUCCCCACAGUGUCAUCGUUCCCUCCUCCAGCUCGUGAAGACAGCGACCAAAGGCCAGAGCUUCCAUCCCGCCACACCAGCCUCUUCCGGAGGCACACCAGCCUCCGGCAGCAGCUCUCAUAAGACCCCAGCCUCAUCAUCCGCUGCCCUGAGCCAUCCAGCAAAACAGCACUCAGCCAGCUCUUCAGGGCCGCAUUACAAGAGUCCCUUCGCCGGCUCUGUCUCCAGACACGGGGUUUCUUCCGGCAGUUCUUCCUCCGGAGGAACACCGGUGCAGAGCUCUUCCUCUGGGGCCCUGCUCCCUGGGGGACAGCCUCCCGCCACAGGGCAGUCCGCCGGCCGACCCAUCCCGGGUUCCACAGUGAAAAAACCACCUGUUUCCCAGAAGCUGACCCUGGUGGCCCCUCCAGGUGGCCCAAAUGGAGAUUCCAGUGGUGGGACCCAGGGAGUCGCAAAGUUACUGACCUCCUCCCUGAAGCCCAGCACGGCCAGCAGCACGCCGCCGCCUGCCUCCUUGCCCAAAGGAACCAGUGGGGCUGUGCUGCUGACCAGCUCCUCACCCUUACACCUGCUGUCUUCAUCCUACAAGGCCGGCAGCUCAAAGCUGCCCGGGGCCAUGAACUCCAGCUCCCUGGGGAUCAUCUCCCCGUUUCCUCUCCACGUGCUCUCCUUUAGCACCGACUCCCCCGCCAAAGCAGGGGUCUCCAAGGAUGCCAUCGUCACGGGCCCUGCUCCCGGGACGUUCCACCACGGCCUCGGCCACAGUCUUCUGGCUGGCUUGCACUCCAGCCCGCCCCAUGCAGCGCCUCUCCCACGCGCUGCCACGGCUACCCACGUCCCGCAGAGUCUGCCAGAUGCUCCUCGAAGUCACGGGAAAGGGCCCGGCGUACCACGGAAAUUGUGACCUCUUCAGAGGAAGGCCCAACUCACUUGGGUCUGGGUGGAACCUGAACGAGUAGGUCUCAGAAAUUGGAUAACUCUGCUCUUCCUGCUGGUUGGCUUUCUUCUGGAGAAGGCGUGCGUGCUGAGUAGAACAUCUCUUGGUACCUGUGAUGUGCCUUCAGUGAGGGGCGCAGUCCCAGGCUUCACAAGGCAACGACUGGCCUGGUGCCCCAGACUUCUGCAGCUGUCGUGGACAACCGUCGGGGGCAGCUCUAGGCUGGGCAGCAUGCCGGGUCGUAUACGAAGCUCUGGGGCAGAGCGGUUGGCGUACCUGUAUCUGAAAUCUGUCUGAGCCCUGGCAUUUGGUCAGAGUACCUCACAGCGCCCUCCUGUCAGGGGCACCUUCUGACCACAGCGGGGUCCCCGGGUGGCCCCAUCCUCAGGCUGUGUGCUCGGCAGGACAAAACCCAGGCCCACGCACAGCUGGGGGAUGUACCUUGUCUCCUUGAAAGAAAGAACAGCCGACAUGUGCUCAGCGUGGGAGCCGGUUUCUCCACGGAACAUGACCGUGAAGGUCCUUUAGAGAUGAGACCUUUGUAGAUUCAACAGCUGUGACAGGAUUUUUAGACACUUUGGGCUCAGUGAUCAUCAUUGCCAUUCAAUGCAUUGGAUAGAAUGGGACUGUUCUUUGCAUGUCAUAUUAUAGGAAGACAGAAUUCCAGUGCCUUUCCGGUGGAACAGAAUUAGACACAUCCAUUUAGUCCCUUGAGUGGAUGUCAGUUGAAGACCUUUUUUAACGAUACGUCUGUAUUUUAAGACAUCGCCAGUUUGAGUUUUUACAGUUACACACAAUCUGAGCUGUCCUCACUUGGAGGUCAUUUGGGCCUCCGAAUCCCAGGUCCCAGUUCCGCCAGGGCCCCUAUCUUGUUUUUCCAGAGCUCAUACAGGUGGACUGCUGGGUCCCAAAGCCCUUCAUUUCUUUGUGGGCCGAGGACACGAGGGGCUGCGAGUCGCAGACGUUCCGGUUUGUCAUAUUCAGAACCCGUUCUCAGGCAGAGCUGCAGGAGCUGGCCUCUGUGAAGCGUCUGCCGUGCAGAGACAGGCCUUCAAGGCCCAGGCCCUCCAGGCAGCAGGGCUGUGCAUCAGCCUAAGGGCAACAUGCCUGGGGAAGGCUUCAGAGACAGACUGGGACAGCUGUCUGCAGCCCCCAGGUCACCGUGCUGUCCUCACCCAGCCAGUGGCUGCUUCACGAAGCUUUUGAGGGCACUCGCCUGUCCCGUGGCGUCUGCCACAGGCGGGUGUGAACUAAGUGAUUCCAGAGGUGUUGAGAGUAAACAGCCUCCUCAGAAUGUACCCCGCAUGGCAGCUCUUUCGGUCCCAACGUCCAGGGCACAGUGCUCAGUGACUCACGGGUCACGCAGAAGUGUGCCCAGGUUCCCGACCUCUGCCAGCCCUCCCGCCAGGCCUCUGCUUUUUUUUCUUUUCCCUUCAAAUGUAAGAAUCAACAUGAGUCACAUUGGGCUAAAUGGAUUCUUUAUCCCUUCAUUACAUCAAUUUUUUUUUCAACUUGGGUUUCCAGUUUGUUUACAGAAUAGUUGUAGGUAGUAGCAAAAGAGCCAAAGAAGAGAUUUGUAUUGCUGAGCUCAGAGCCUCAGAGGCCACCCGUGAGCACAGGUCGCGGGAACUCCAGGCUCCUCUGCCUGAGGACACGCGGGUCCCUCCCCCCUGCCAUGCUCCCCGCCCCAGACCAUUGAGUGUGCAGCUGGAGCAAAACAGCCUCAUUUUUAGGAAUCUAGUGAUGCCUCUUGCCUCAGGGAAACGUUUCUUUGAUGGGGAGUUUGAGAUUUCUUUUUGUUUAUGCUUUAUUUGUGGUGAAGGAAGAGUGAGUGGCUCUCCCAGCCGCAGCUGGGCAGAGCGGCUCUGGGGCCGGGGGCUGCAGGGCUGUCCCCGGCACGGCCAUUUCUUGGGUGUGAGAGGGGCUGUGGCUUUGGUGCAGCAACUAUGUUGGUAUUAGGAGUGGUGUGGAAAUUGUUAAUCUUGUAUAAAGCAACUCAAUAAAUUGUUUCAAGGUUUCCAAA